UUGUGUAAUUCAUAUCCGCUGAAUCAUCUCACUAUAUUUCAGUUAUUUUACAAGAAUGCUGCAUUUCUGCCAUUGCGUACACGACGUACGUAUCCUUUAAGGGAGGGCGUGGCUUCCUGCUGCAUAUAGGCUGCCUCAAUGCGGAAGAUAAACAAAAGCCUUCCUAUUUCUAACUUUUCAAGAACAGAGACGAGGUCCUCAGGAGGUUUUUUGAGACCUAAACUCUUCAUCUAAGCAACUUAAUACACAGACUAUGUGGCCAAAUCAAGGUCCUCCUCCUCCUCAAAUGGGUCCCCAAAACCCUGCCUACCCUCCAGGCUACAACCCUUCAUUUCCCGCUGCUCCUGCAUCAGGAAUGUUCCCCCAGGGUCCAAACCCUGCAUACCCUGCAGGCCAAUUCCCAGCUCCCAUGAACCCAGCCAUGGUUCCCAUUGCACCUCCAGGGGCUCCUGGACCCCAUGCAUAUCCCAUGGCUCCUGGAGGUGUUCAUCCAGGUCCAUAUCCCCACUCUCCCAAAGGGGGCCACCACAAGGGCCAUCACAAUGAUCCUCAUCAUGGUGGGUUACACCCAGGGCCUGGAAUGGUUGUAGGAGCUCAUGGACACAAAAAGCAUAAGAAGAUGAAGAAGAUGAAGAAGGAACACAAGCAUGGACACCACAAACAUGGCAAGCAUUCAAGCAGCAGCAGCAGCAGUAGUAGCAGCAGCAGCAGUGACUCAGACUAAUGAAUCUUCAAGAUCAACACUCAGCAUUCAUGCUUAUUCCAAAAGUGCAACUGAUCUUAUAAACUUAAUCAAAUCAUAUCACUUUUACAUGCACUAGUAUUUCAUAAACUCCCUUUAAAGUUAAUUUAUGACACUAAAGCAGCACGUACACUAGUAGUUGUUACCUUCAGUUUCUGAGAUUCAGUUUAUUUCCAUUUCUUUUACAGGACACAGGACUUCAUUUUGUAAAGUGAGGUCAUUAGUUUUCUGCUACUGCAGUACAGAAAUUCUCCGUUUGUGUAAAUGUAAAUGAUCAAAAAAAAAGUGUGCAACUAUGACGUGUUUUGUUUUUUAAGAUGUCAUAGGAAAUUAGUACAAUUGUUAUGAUAAACAGUUUUAUGUUCUAAGCAGAAUAUCAGCUAAGUGCAAAGUUGGAGCCAUUAUGUUGUUGUCAACAUCUGAUUGUAUGCUCAUUACUACAUGACUUCAAAAUAAAUAAAUUGAUCAACUACA